AUGUCCCUAAUAAGAUCGCACAGCCAGUGGCCUGGAGGCAUCCCCUCCUUCAUUCGCCGACACGAAGAACCCGUCGCCCCUGAAAAUUUCCAUGCCGCCUCUCGUGCAUGGAGGCAUUUUGUUCGUGACCAGUGGGUCGGCGGCGACGCCGCGGAUCAACAGAAACGAGCUUUGAGCGAACGGUGGGCAACAGCAGACCAACAAUUUCGCGAUAGCUAUCAAUCCCGAGCACUCGAGGACGAGCCUAGUUUUUUUGAAGGUCCCGAACUUACAGAUAAAAAUUUUGUUGGAAAUGACGUUCAAAAUUUCUGUAUGGUCUACUUCUGCACCACCGAAUUGACCCGCGAGAAAGAAGCCCUACUAGCCAAGUGUAUCUUGGGUUUAUUCCCAUGGGAAGAAGGCUGGGAAUUUCUAGCAGACGAAAUGAUAAUGUUUCUUCCCUUGGAAGAUAAUCAAGGGGAUAUUCUCGAGACAUUCAAGUCCCAUCAAAGUGUCGCCCGACCCAACUUCCUUGAUAUGCACAUGGCGCUCGAUGGAACGGUGCUUUUUAGGGACUGCUAUGCCAAGCUUAUUAUCGAUGACCGGACCCUUGAGACCGGACUAGGGCUUUGGGUUGAAUUCGCAACGAACGGUAUCUACAAGAAAGCCUACCGGGCUCAAAUUAUGAUGGAGGAAUUCGCCCACUUUUAUCGCGAAAUCGGUCCGGGAAAUCAGGUCCCAAUAGAGCAGGCGCUGAAUUACAUAGAGUCACGGGUAAUAUACCAAGACCGCGAUGAAGAUGCAGAUCCAAGAGAGAUCUUGGAGGAUGAGCCAGUCGACAUGCGACGGCGGCUCGUGGAAAUCUACCGAGGGGGUGAAGUCGAUCUAGUGGAUGACUAUGCGCCAGGCUUUCGCGAGGCGGAGGAGCAGGAGCAAGCAUUCAGUGAUAUCCCAUACGCAUUUGUCAAAGACCAAAUCAAACAGGGUACAUUUGUUCCAUCUUUUCUGUCCAACCUUCUCCAAGACAACCCUGUGGAGCCUGGUACCGAAGACGAGGACAUUAUCAAAUGGUCAGCUGGCUCUCUCUACGCUGGAGGAGCAGACACAACCGUCUCAUCCAUUGCAAGUUUCUUCCUCGCCAUGGCCCUUUUCCCUGACGUGCAACGUAAGGCCCAGCAGGAGCUCGACACAGUAGUUGGCAGUGGUCGGCUACCACAAUUCCGGGAUCGAGAGGACCUUGUGUACAUUAAUGCACUAGUUAAGGAGGUGCUUCGGUGGCACCCAGUCGUGCCUAUAAACUUGGCGCACUCGCCAACUCAAGAUGAUACGUGCGAGGGAUAUCGAAUUCCCAAGGGAUCAUCAGUUAUUGCGAAUAUUUGGGCAUUUACGCAUGAUCCACUUGUUUACAAUGACCCCAUGGCCUUCAAACCAGAACGAUUCCUAGGUUCCCCCGACGGCUCUCCCGCAGAGCGAGAUCCUCAUAUGCUUGUGUUUGGAUAUGGGCGUCGAGCCUGUCCCGGACGCACUUUGGCCGACGCCAACGUAUUUCUUACCAUUGCGCAGUCCUUGGCUGUCUUCGAUAUCUCAAAGCCAAUUCGAAAUGGCAAAGUCGAGGAGAUUUUAGUUAAUUACCUCCCAGGUGUUAUCAGUCAUCCUGCUCCAUUCCAGUUGUCCAUCCAGCCACGGAGUACGGCACAUCGAGAACUCAUCCAAUCGCUAGGAAAUCUCUAUCCUUGGAGCGAGAGCGAUGCGCAAAAUCUGGCUAGUCUACAGACUUAA